CUGCGCGUGCGAAGCGGAAGAUUUGUUUGGAAGCAUACUGGUUUGGAAGUAGGCUUGGAAUGAUCAGUUGAAGAGUUGCUUUAGAGUGUUGCUGUUGUAGUUGAAUGCUGCUACUGUUUAGCUGGCAAUGUCUGGCAUCGGUAGGCUGCCGUCGGUGAGCGCGGUCGACAAUGAGGAUGCUCAGGAUAGUCUUGAGAUGACGCCGGCGCCUUCUAUCACCGCAUGGCUUGAUGCCGAAUCUUUUACGGCAGAGAAUGAAGAUGUGCAUGUCAAGGACACCGAAAUGGACGACAGCAUACCCGGACGUUACGGUUACCUCUAUCUUGAUUCGUUCAUGGGCGCUUUGGACGUAGUUUUGAAGCUUGAGAGUCAUCUCUUCAGCAAAUCAGAGUUGGACCUAUUUGACAAGUUCCAGAGUCUUUCAGACGACUGCAAAAAGCUCUACGUAAGACUGUUUAUGCGCCGCCGAAACCACUGGCUCCGCGUCUCCUCGUUCGACUACUACACCGAGAUCGCCGACCUGACCCACAGCUGGCAAUCCCUCGUAUCCUCCACCGUCUUCGCCGAGCAGCUCGACCUCGGCUCUGCGGCCGACACCGACGAGGUUCUGUCGCUGCUUGGAAUUGAAGAGUUGAAGUUGCUUAGCAAGCAGUUUAAUUGCUCGGGCGCGAAGGGCACGAAGCGGGAGAUGAUGGAGAGGUUGAAGAUGCAGACGGACGGGCAGACGUAUCUCAGUUUGUCGAGCAGGGGCUUGUCGCUUGUGUACGACAGUAGCGGGAAGAAGAUGUACAAGUCAGUCAAGCUGCUCAGAAAGUCUAUGGAGCUCCUGGGACCAUGCAUCAAGCUACGGCCUGAACCCCUAGCGGUCUUCGACCGAGUCCAUCUAGUUUUCUACCGCGCCCGCUCGUUCGACGAGAGCUCGUUGCGAAAACUGAUCCUCGCCCGCAUCUCCAAGCGCAACUUCCCGUCCUAUUUUGUUCUCCGCAGCUCAGAAGUCUUUCGAACCCGCGACGAGCUGCUGGCGUAUGAAGAAGCGCUUAAAGUGCAAGACGAGGUCGAUCAGGCGUUUGAGCAUGGGCUCACGCCGUUGCUCGAGCAGAUGUACGAGCGGCUUUUGCCGGUCUAUGGGAUUUGGCAGAUCGCAAUCAAGCAAGACCGCCAACUUAAUUCCGAACGCGAUCAUUACCUCAAACGGUUCACGGCGACGUAUGUCCACACCCGACUCGUGCACAAGUACGCGUUCGUGCUGUCCCGGCUCGGACGCUACCAAGACUCCUACGACGUCUACUCUGCUCUUCUAGCGCAGGACAUGUAUCGCCAGGGCAAGCGAGGUGAUUGGUACCAGCGCAAAUCCCUGAUCGAGAACCGGUAUUUCGGCGGCGUGGACAAAGACGAGCGCGAGCGCAAGGCGUGGAAGCGGAAAGCGCUGGAGACGUGCGAGCGCGGGCUGCAGGAUCCGAGGACGCAUUUAAAGUAUCAUUAUGAUCUGGCGAAGCGGAUUAUGCGGUUAGAGAGAGAGCUGAGGGUGUUGCCGAGAGAGAGGCAUGUGUUUGAUCAUGUUGCGCUGAAGGAGCCUACGAAAAGAACUUUUUAUGGAAAACGGAUAUCUGACGUCGUGGUGGGACGGAAAAGUAUCUGGCUGAAUGAUGAGCAGGAGCAGUGCUCUGUCGAGGAGAUGUGUCUUGCAAACUACGAAAAGCUCGGAUGGCGCGGUUACCACACCGAAGGAGGCAUCCUGAAAACCAUAUUUGCCUACCUCUUCUUCGACAUCAUCUUCCUCCCCGUCCCCUUUGUAUUCGAAACCGAAUUCCAGAACGCGCCGCUUGAUUUCGCAACCGACGCAUUCUACCUCACCCGCGCAAGCGAGAUCAACCACUGCCUCGCCGAGAUCGAGAACGGGCGCACGGCGGAAUUGAUCAGGGCCGUGUACGAGCGCGAGCAGGCGAGGCAGACGGAGUGCGUGGGGUUGGAUUGGCGGUUUGAGAUUCAGGAUGUUUUGGAGGCUGCGGAGUGUAUUGGAAAUUCCGCGUUAUCUGUCUUAUGCCGCGUAUUCUGCGAAGAAUACCAGCACCGCGGCGGCGGUCUUCCCGAUCUCUUUCUUUGGAAAUACGACGAGAAACGGGCGAUGUUCGCGGAGGUCAAGUCUGAGAAUGAUAGGUUGUCUGAUACGCAGCGGCUGUGGGUUGACGUGCUUAUCGGAGCUGGGGUCGAGGUUGAGCUUUGUGCUGGGCUUGAGGAGGGGUGAUUUUUAUUUGUAAAUAUAUAUUUUUGGAUUGACUAGAUACAUAUAUACAUAGAGAGUAGUUUCAUAAAUGGCUGAAUAUCGAUAAUUGCAGAGGUGCUGGCAACGCGCGGCUCAAGG